GAAACUUUCCUUUCGAGAGUCAACUUUUUAUUCCUGAACUGGGCUUUUCUCUGUCUCCGGAGACCCUCGGUAGCGGUGGCUGCGGCGGCGGCUGCCCUAGUCUGACUCGGAACGAGGAUGUCUUUUUACACCUCAGAGAGUAACUCUAACUUGGGAAAUACUGAAGAGCAGGUGGAAAACCCUGUGCUUAAAAGACUGAAUAGUGUACAAGCAAAGGGAAGACUGGGUUACGCAGUACCCACAGAAUAUGAAUCCGAUACACAAUUCCUGUUCUUUAAGCACACUACAAAAGCUCAGGAGAAGACAAGAAAACGGCAGCAGCCUGUAAAACUAGAGCCUCUGCCACUGCUAAAAGUCUACCAAGAUCAUAAGAGGCCAGAGUACAUACAUGAGCAGAACCGAUUUCAGUUAAUCUCUUCCGGAAUCAUAAAACCUCCAGGAAGUACUGAAGUAAGAAGUUCUACCAAAUCACUUGUUCAGUUUCUUGGGCAUCAAGACACUGCAAGCAAAGAAAAACAGAUCCACCGGCCCUCUGCUGAUGUGAUCUCUCCCUCUCCUCCUAAACUGCCACGAACCCAUGUUGGAAGAAGAGGUCUGCACUGGGCUAGUUCCUCAGCCUACCCUAAGUAUAUUUUCCAUGACCGAGAAGAAGUCAUUAAAGCCAACAUUCAUAAUCCCUUGCAAAUCAUUAAAAUAAUGCAGGAAAAUGAACAUCUUGGGUUUCUUUAUAUGAUCUCUGCAGUGCCAAGGUCUUCCGUUGAAUAUGAUACAUAUAAUCUGAAAGUUGUAAGCUAUGAGAACAUCAAUAAAAAGGACUACUAUACUAUUAGCAAAAAUGCAGUAACACACAUUUAUAAUAAUGACAUUGAAUUUAUCGAAAUUGAAAGAUGGGAACAGGAAUACCUGUAUCACAGAGAACUCACCAAGAUUCCCAUAUUUGCACUUUUCCGGAAAUGGAAAGCUUUUAACGUGUGGAAGAAGAAUGUCCGCUUCAAGAAAAUCACUGGAUGUCGGAAAUCUUUACAGAAAAAUUUGUUCAUUGUUAAUCGUCAUUUGCAACUGGCUCUUCUUAAAAUAAGUGAAUUGUGUUAUCACUUGAGUUUUAUGGGACUUUGUCACAUUGAAAAAGGUCACACCUACACCCUGCAAGAAUUUAAGGUUGCCCAAGUCAUAUGGCUACAAAAGGUGACUGAGCGCCUAGAAGAAUUUCGAAAUGAGGCAAAAGAUGUGGUCAGGAAGGCUUGUCGAAUUGCUCUGCGUGCUGCAGGAUUUAUUCCUGAUGACUGUGCAUAUGAACCUCUUGAGAGUUAUUGUAGAAUGCUAGACAGUGAAUUGCCUACUUACACAGAUGGUGAGAAAAUGACGUACACAGAGCAGGCCAGCAAAAGGCAUCAAUGCAUGAGGCUGACAUGCUUUAUCCGUCUAAAUGACUAUCUGAUUGAGAAUACAAUGCACAUCCUAACAGUAAAUUCUAUUAACUCUCUUUUGAAUUAUCUCGCUGGCAAGCUAAAACGAACACCUUCAGCAGAUGUCAUUCAGAAAUGGAUUACUGAAGAGAAGCCUGAAGUCACUGAUAAAAAGGGGGUCCCUGUAAUGGAAAAGCAGGAAGAAGAUGACUCUCUCAUCCCCAUGUUUCUCACAGAACUGAUUUUGACAGUCCAGUCACUGCUUUUUGAGCCUUCUUUGGAAGACUUUCUGGAUGGAAUUUCAGGGGCAAUCAAUCAUUUUCAAAACACUGUGUUAUCAGUUCCUAAUCUCGUGGCUGAUACAUAUUUUGAUGCUUUCACCAGCCCUUAUAUUAAUAACAAACUUGAAGAAAAAACUUGUGGAUCUGGUCCAAGCUUAUCAGCAGUAUUUGAUGAUGAUAAGAAUUUUCACACAAUUAUCCUUCAAAUAAAGGAAACCAUACAGGCAGCAUUUGAAUCUGCCCAAUUAUAUGCAGCUACAUUUGAAAAGUUCCAGAUAUUCUUCAAGGAAAAUGAAAAUCUUGAUUUACAAGCUCUUAAACUUCAAGAACCUGAUGUUAAGUACUUCAGUGAACAACUGGAAAAAUAUCACAGACAGCACAAGGAUGUAGUAGCUCUAAGACCCACCAGGAAUGUAGGAUUGCUGCUCAUUGACACUAAGCUGCUAAAAGAAAAGCUAAUUCCAUCACCUUUGCGAUGUUUGGAGGUGCUAAAUUUUAUGCUUCCUCGUCAAAGCAAGAAAAAAGUGGAUGCCAUUAUCUCUGAGGCACAAGAUGCAGAGUAUAAACUUGAAUUUGUUCCAACUACCACCAUAGAAUACGUUAACAGCUUAGUAUUUCUUGAUGAAAUUCAGGAAAGGAUGGAAAGUCUUGAAGAUGAAGGGAAUAUAGUGAUUCAAAUGUAUAAGCUCAUUGACCUAUAUCAAGUUCCCACACCCCCUGAAGACUUUGCUGUUUUUGCUACUAUGAAGCCAUCCAUUAUUGCGGUUCGGAAUGCCAUUGAUAAAUCUGUGGGAGAUAGAGAAACUUGCAUUAAGCAAUUUAGUCUGCAUUUGGGCAGAGAUCUUGAAGACCUAAACAAUGAAGUGAAUGAAGUAAAGUUAUUAGCACAGGAUCCACAAAUUUUAGAUAUUAAUGCUGACCAGGACAAAAUAAAGGUCAUGUUGAAUGAUCUGCAAUCAGUUCUGGAUGAUCUUCAAAAACGAGCAUUUCAGUAUAAAUCCUAUCAGAAGAAUUUUAAGGUAGAAAUAUCCAAGUUUGAAGCUUUGGAAGAAGUUAGUUCUGAAUUGAAGCUUAAACAAUUGCUCUGGGAUUCUCUUUCUGAAUGGGAUCAUCUCCAACAAGAAUGGUUAAAGUCUAAAUUUGACUGCCUGGAUCCAGAACUUCUAAACAGUCAAGUUUCCAAAUAUGCCAAAUUUGUGACUCAAUUAGAAAAAGGCUUGCCACCCAACAGUGUAGUUCCCCAGCUAAAACAAAAGGUGGAAAAAAUGAAAGAAAAGCUUCCAGUCAUCACUGACUUGAGGAACCCGACUUUGAAGCCUAGACAUUGGGAAGCUAUUGAACAAACAGUUGAUGCCACCCUAGUGGACCUUGAAAUUCCCUUGACCUUGGAAAGGCUCUUCCAGUUGCAUGUUUUUGACUUUGGCCAAGAAAUCCAGGACAUUUCUGGACAGGCUUCUGGAGAAGCUGCCUUAGAAACAAUUCUUAAAAAGGUGGAGGAUUCUUGGAAAAUGACUGAAUUUGUUGUUCUCCGUCAUCGUGACACCAAAGAUGUAUUUAUCCUGGGAGGCACAGAUGACAUACAGGUCCUUCUUGAUGACAGCACCAUCAGUAUUGGAACCAUUGCUUCCUCACGUUACAUCGGUCCGCUGAAAACUCGAGUGGAUGAGUGGCAGAAACAACUUGCUUUAUUUAAUCAAACACUGGAAGAGUGGCUGAACUGCCAGAGAAACUGGCUCUACCUAGAAAGCAUUUUUAAUGCUCCAGAUAUUCAGAGACAAUUGCCUGCAGAGGCCAAGAUGUUCCUUCAAGUGGAUAAGUCAUGGAAAGAAAUCAUGAGGAAGGUGAACCGGCUGCCUAAUGCUCUUCGAGCAGCUACUCAACCAGGACUUUUGGAGACCUUUCAAAAUAAUAAUGCAUUACUUGACCAAAUUCAGAAGUGUCUAGAGGCAUAUUUAGAAUCAAAAAGAGUUAUCUUUCCAAGAUUUUACUUCUUAUCAAAUGAUGAACUUCUGGAGAUUUUGGCCCAGACACGAAAUCCCCAAGCUGUGCAACCGCACUUAAGGAAAUGCUUUGACUCCAUUUCAAACCUUGAAUUUGCUCUCAUGCCUCCUACUGAAGGAAAAAUUCCUGGUAUGGAUGGAGAGCCAGAAAAGAUUUUCACUAAUGAUAUUUUAGCGAUGCUAUCGCCAGAAGGAGAAAGGGUUGGCUUGGGCAAAGGCCUCAAAGCCCGAGGCAAUGUGGAGGAGUGGCUUGGGAAAGUGGAGGAAGCCAUGUUCACAUCUCUGCGCCGCCUAUGCAAAGCUGCCAUCGCUGACUAUCUGGGGAAAUCAAGGACAGACUGGGUGAUUGCUGGUCACCCUUCUCAAGUGAUCCUGACCAUUUCUCAAAUCAUGUGGUGCCAGGAUUUGACUGAGUGUUUGGAAAAAGAAAAUGGUAGCCAUAUGGAGGCUCUGGAAGCUUUUGAAAAAGUAAAUUUUGAGAGAUUAAAUGCCCUGGCUGCACUAGUUCGAGGCAAUCUUCCUAAAUUACACAGAAACAUCUUAACUGCCUUAAUUACUAUUGAUGUACAUGCAAGAGACAUAGUCACUGAGCUUGUUCAAACUAAGGUAGAGGGAGUCGAAUCCUUUGACUGGCAGAGACAACUGCGCUACUAUUGGGAUAUAGACCUGGAUAAUUGCGUGGCUAGGAUGGCGCUCUCACAGUACACUUAUGGCUAUGAAUAUUUGGGUGCCUGCCCAAGACUGGUUAUUACUCCUCUCACAGACCGCUGCUAUCUUUGCCUAAUGGGGGCUUUGCAGCUCGACCUCGGAGGGGCACCAGCUGGUCCUGCCGGCACAGGGAAAACCGAGACUACCAAAGACCUGGCCAAAGCCCUCGCCAUUCAGUGUGUUGUCUUCAAUUGCUCCGACGGCUUAGACUACAAGAUGAUGGGGCGCUUCUUCAGUGGUCUGGCACAGUCAGGGGCCUGGUGCUGCUUUGAUGAAUUUAAUCGAAUUGACAUAGAAGUUUUGUCAGUCAUUGCACAGCAGCUCAUCACCAUUAGGAAUGCCAAAGCCGCAAAGCUCUCUAGAUUCAUGUUUGAGGGGCGGGAAAUAAAGUUGGUCAUGACUUGCGCAGCCUUCAUCACCAUGAAUCCUGGGUAUGCAGGCAGAACUGAACUGCCAGAUAAUUUGAAAGCUCUGUUUAGACCCUUUGCGAUGAUGGUUCCAAAUUAUGCCUUGAUUGCAGAGGUGAUUCUGUAUUCAGAAGGAUUUGAAUCCAGUAAAAUACUAGCAAGAAAAAUGACUCAGAUGUAUAAGCUUUGCAGUGAACAGCUCUCUCAGCAGGAUCACUAUGACUUCGGCAUGAGAGCUGUAAAGUCUGUACUGGUCAUGGCCGGGUCUCUGAAGAGAGAGAACCCAGGCCUAAGUGAAGAUGUGGUGUUGAUAAGAGCUUUACGGGACUCCAAUCUGCCAAAAUUCCUAACAGACGAUGCUAUUCUGUUUAGUGGAAUCAUAUCUGACCUUUUUCCUGGAGUCCAAAUUCCAGAACAUGAUUAUGGUAUAUUGCAAUCAACAAUUAUAGAUGUCAUGAAUAGACAGAACCUUCAGCCCGAGACAUGUAUGGUUAAAAAAGUGAUACAGUUCUAUGAAACGAUACUGGUAAGACAUGGUGUUAUGUUAGUCGGGCCAACAGGAGGAGGCAAGACCACAGUUUACCAAGUACUAGCAGAAACUUUAGGGGAUUUGCAAAAGCUUGGUAUAGCAAAUCCAUUUUACCAACCAGUUAAAACAUAUGUUCUUAAUCCGAAAUCAAUUACAAUGGGUGAAUUAUAUGGUGAAGUUAAUAACAUAACCUUGGAGUGGAAGGAUGGUUUGAUGGCACUAAGUGUCCGAGCAGCUGUGAAUGAUACUUCUAAAGACCAUAAGUGGAUCAUCAGUGAUGGGCCAGUGGAUGCUCUUUGGAUCGAAAAUAUGAAUACAGUGUUGGACGAUAACAAGAUGCUUUGCCUGGCUAACAGUGAGAGGAUUAAACUUACACCUCAAAUCCACAUGCUUUUUGAGGUGCAAGAUCUAAAAGUUGCAUCUCCUGCAACAGUCAGUCGAUGUGGAAUGGUGUUUGUGGAUCCUGAAGAACUGAAAUGGAUGCCUUAUGUUAAAACAUGGAUGAAGGGUAUUUCUAAAAAACUGAAUCAGGAAACCCAAGAAUACAUAUUGAACCUUUUCCAACGUUAUGUUGAUGAUGGUUUAAAUUUUAUCAAUAAAAAAUGUGGCCAAGCAAUCCCACAAGUGGACAUCAGCAAAGUCACUACACUCUGUUGCUUACUGGAGUCUUUGAUUCUUGGGAAAGAUGGAGUUAACCUGGCAAUAGAACAAACAAAACUGAACACUGUAAUAUGUCAGACUUUUAUAUUCUGUUAUUUAUGGUCUUUGGGUGGAAAUCUAACUGAAAACUACUGGGACUCUUUUGAUACAUUUAUUAGAACACAAUUUGAUGAUAAUCCUGAUGCCCGGCUUCCCAGUUCUGGUGAUCUAUGGAGCAUUCACAUGGACUUCAACACCAAACGAUUGGAUCCCUGGGAACGAAUCAUACCUACCUUCAAGUACAGUCCAGAUGUUCCAUUUUUUGAAAUGCUUGUCCCCACAACUGACACAGUGCGCUUUGGGUAUCUAAUGGAAAAACUACUGGCGGUCAGGCAUUCAGUGUUGUUUACUGGAAUAACUGGAGUUGGUAAGUCUGUUAUUGCAAGAGGAUUGCUAAAUAAAAUUCAAGAAUCAGCUGGCUAUGUUCCUGUUUAUCUAAAUUUUUCUGCUCAGACUUCAUCUGCAAGAACACAAGAGAUCAUUGAGUCAAAACUGGAAAGGAAGAGAAAAAAUAUUCUAGGUAUCCUCCAGUGUGAUCCAGGAACAAUGAGAGAAGAAAUACAGAUAUUUAGACUCUUUUGCCACGAAUGUCAGAGAGUCUUCCAUGACCGUUUGAUUAAUAAUGAAGAUAAGCACUAUUUCCAUGCUAUUUUGACAGAAAUGGCCAAUAAGCAUUUUGGAAUUACAAUUGGCCUGGAAUAUUUUUUGACUAAGCCCAUCAUAUUUGGAGAUUUCAUUAAGUUUGGAGCAGAUAACAUUGAUCGGAUUUAUGAUGACAUGCCUGAUAUGGAGAAAAUUGCAAAUGUCCUACAGGACUAUCUUGAUGAUUAUAAUCUUAUAAAUCCCAAAGAAGUAAAGUUGGUGUUCUUCCAGGAUGCUAUAGAACAUGUUUCAAGGAUUGCCCGCAUGAUUCGUCAAGAAAGAGGCAAUGCCCUGCUCGUUGGAGUUGGAGGCACUGGAAAGCAGUCUCUUUCAAGACUUGCAGCUCACAUAUGCGGUUACAAAUGUUUGCAGAUUGAACUGAACCGAGGAUAUAAUUAUGAUAGUUUUCAUGAUGACCUGAGGAAGUUGUACAAACUGGCUGGCGUAGAUGAUAGGAAUAUGGUUUUCCUCUUCACAGACACCCAGAUUGUAGUGGAAGAGUUCCUAGAAGAUAUAAAUAACAUCCUGAACUCAGGUGAAGUGCCUAAUUUAUUUGAAAAGGAUGAACUGGAGCAGGUUUUAGCAGCCACCAGACCAAGAGCAAAAGAAGCAGGAAUUUCUGAGGGGAAUAGAGAUGAGGUGUUUCAGUACUUUAUCAGCAGAGUACGUCAGAAGCUGCAUAUUGUUCUGUGCAUGAGCCCUGUUGGGGAGGCCUUCCGGUCCCGAUGCCGGAUGUUUCCAUCCCUUGUGAACUGCUGCACCAUUGAUUGGUUUGUCCAAUGGCCCAGAGAAGCACUUCUUUCUGUAUCAAAGACAUUUUUCUCACAUGUCGAUGCUGGAAAUGAAGAACUGAAAGAAAAGCUUUCCCUCAUGUGUGUGAAUGUUCACCUGAGUGUCUCUGAUAUGGCAGAUCGCUAUUACACAGAGCUCCGGAGACGGUACUACACAACACCCACCUCCUACUUGGAGCUUAUCAAUCUCUACCUGUCUAUGUUGACUGAAAAAAGGAAGCAGUUGGUUUCAGCACGUGACCGGGUGAAGAAUGGUCUCACAAAGCUAUUAGAAACAAACGUACUAGUAGAUAAAAUGAAAUUAGAUCUUUCAGCUUUAGAACCUGUCCUUUUAACAAAAUCACAAGAUGUUGAAGCCUUGAUGGAUAAAUUGGCAGUGGAUCAAGAAAAUGCCGAUCAGGUCCGUAACACUGUGCAAGAAGAUGAAGCUACAGCAAAAGUGAAAGCUGAGGAAACCCAGGCCAUAGCUGAUGAUGCUCAGAGAGAUCUGGAAGAAGCUCUACCUGCACUUGAUGCUGCUAAUAAAGCACUGGAUUCUUUAGAUAAAGCAGAUAUAUCCGAAAUCAGAGUUUUUACAAAGCCCCCAGAUUUGGUCAUGACUGUUAUGGAAGCAAUUUCCAUUCUUUUGAAUGCCAAGCCUGAUUGGCCAACAGCAAAGCAACUUCUUGGUGACUCUAACUUCCUAAGAAGACUUUUAGAAUAUGAUAAGGAAAACAUAAAGCCUCAGAUAUUGGCAAAGCUUCAGAAGUAUAUUAAUAAUCCUGAUUUUGUGCCUGAAAAAGUAGAGAAAGUGUCCAAAGCAUGUAAAUCCAUGUGCAUGUGGGUAAGAGCAAUGGAUUUGUACUCCCGGGUAGUCAAAGAAGUCGAACCAAAGAGACAAAAACUCCAUGCUGCACAGGCUGAACUUGAUAUUACUAUGGCUACUCUGAGAGAAAAGCAAGCAUUACUGAAACAAGUGGAAGAUAAAAUACAGGUCUUACAAGACAAAUUUGACAAAAGUGUGAAUGAAAAAGAGAGUUUGGUGAAGACUAUGGCCCUGACAAAGGCACGUCUCGUACAUGCUGGGAAGCUGACAGUUGCAUUAGAAGAUGAGCAAGUUCGAUGGGAAGAAAGCAUCCAGAAAUUCAAUGAAGAGAUAUCGAAUAUCAUCGGGAAUGUGUUCAUAGCAGCAGCUUGUGUAGCCUACCACGGGGCCUUCACAGCCCAGUACAGGCAGUCGCUUAUAGCAUGUUGGAUCCUCGACUGUCAGUCUCUGGAGAUCCCAAUCAACCCUUCCUUCAGUCUCAUUAACAUUCUUGGCGAUCCCUAUGAAAUACGUCAGUGGAACACUGACGGGCUGCCCCGUGACCUGAUAUCAACGGAAAAUGGCAUUUUGGUUACUCAAGGGAGACGGUGGCCUUUGAUGAUCGAUCCCCAAGAUCAGGCAAACCGCUGGAUAAGGAACAAGGAGAGCAGAAGUGGUCUGAAGAUCAUUAAGCUGACGGAUAGUAAUUUCUUACGGACACUUGAAAAUUCAAUCCGACUUGGCUUACCUGUCCUACUGGAAGAGCUUAGAGAAACCUUGGACCCGGCUCUAGAACCUAUUCUUCUGAAGCAGACUUUUGUGAGUGGUGGGCGACUGCUCAUUCGCCUCGGAGACUCAGACAUUGACUAUGACAAAAGUUUUAGGUUCUAUAUGACAACCAAAUUGCCGAAUCCCCACUACCUGCCUGAGGUGUGCAUUAAAGUUACCAUCAUCAAUUUCACCGUAACCAAAUCAGGUCUGGAGGAUCAGUUGUUAAGUGACGUGGUUCGACUUGAGAAACCCGAGUUGGAAGAACAAAGAAUCAAGCUCAUUGUGAGGAUCAACACUGAUAAAAACCAGCUAAAAGCUAUUGAAGAGAAAAUCCUGAGAAUGCUAUUUACAUCUGAAGGAAAUAUUUUGGACAAUGAAGAACUUAUUGACACACUUCAGGAUUCAAAGAUUACUUCUGGUGCCAUUAAAUCCAGGCUGAAGGAAGCAGAGUCCACUGAACUGAUGAUAAAUGUUGCUCGUGAGAAGUAUCGCCCAGUAGCCACUCAAGGCUCUGUUAUGUACUUUGUUAUUGCAAGCCUCUCAGAAAUUGAUCCUAUGUAUCAAUAUUCUCUGAAAUAUUUUAAACAGUUAUUCAAUACAACAAUUGAAACUUCUGUAAGGGCAGAUCAUCUACAGCAGCGCCUGGAAAUACUACUGGAACAAACCCUCCUCACUGCUUAUGUCAACGUUUCAAGAGGACUUUUUGAACAACAUAAACUCAUCUACAGCUUUAUGCUCUGUGUUGAGAUCAUGCGUCAGCAAGGAAACUUAACAGAUGCUGAAUGGGAUUUCUUUCUCCGAGGUUCUGCAGGCUUAGAAAAGGAACGCCCACCUAAGCCUGAUGUUCCCUGGCUGCUUCCUGCCACGUGGUUUGCAUGCUGUGAUUUAGAAGAAUCAUUUCCAGUUUUUAACGGACUUACACAAUAUAUAUUACUACAUCCUAUUUCCAUACGCUUAGGAUCUUUUGAGACUUACAUAAAUCCACAUGAAUGGGAAGUCUAUCCUAAAAUGAAGGAAGAAGAUCAAUAUGUGACAUAUAAAGAGGUGGCCACAAGCCAUGAUUCUUGGCAUCCAGAAUUAACUUCUUUCCAUAAGCUAAUUCUCAUUAAAUGCUGUAAAGAAGAAAAGGUGGUUUUUGCUCUUACAGACUUUGUAAUAGAAAAUCUUGGAAAACGCUUUAUAGAGACCCCACCUGUGGACCUGCCUACUCUGUAUCAAGACAUGUCAUGCAGUACUCCCCUGGUAUUUAUCUUAAGCACAGGCUCCGAUCCCAUGGGUGCAUUUCAGAGGUUUGCCCGAGACAGCGGGUUUUCAGAACGGGUGCAGUCCAUUUCCCUGGGGCAAGGACAAGGGCCCAUUGCUGAAAGAAUGAUCAAAGAUGCAAUGAAAUCAGGGAACUGGGUGUUUCUGCAAAACUGCCAUCUUGCUGUUUCUUGGAUGCUGGCAAUGGAAGAGCUCAUUAAAACCUUCACAGAUUCAAAUAUUGUGAUCAAAGACACUUUCCGACUUUUUUUAAGUUCCAUGCCUAGUAAUACAUUUCCUGUUACAGUCCUUCAAAAUUCCGUCAAGGUAACCAAUGAGCCUCCAAAAGGUUUACGUGCAAAUAUCAGACGAGCAUUUACUGAAAUGACGCCUUCAUUUUUUGAGGAAAAUAUACUUGGAAGAAAAUGGAGACAAAUCAUAUUUGGCAUUUGUUUCUUCCAUGCAAUUAUUCAGGAGAGAAAAAAAUUUGGCCCUCUUGGUUGGAAUAUCUGCUAUGAAUUUAAUGACAGUGACAGAGAAUGUGCUUUGCUGAACCUCAACCUUUACUGUCAAGAAGGAAAGAUCCCCUGGGAUGCACUGAUUUACAUUACUGGUGAAAUUACUUAUGGUGGUAGAGUUACAGACACCUGGGAUCAAAGAUGCCUUCAUACUGUCUUGAAAAGAUUUUUUUCUCCUGGAACAUUAGAAGAGGACUAUAAAUAUUCUGAAUCAGGCAUCUAUUUUGCACCCUUGGCUGACAGCCUACAAGAGUUUAAGAACUACAUUGAAAAUCUGCCCUUGAUAGAUGACCCAGAAAUAUUUGGAAUGCAUGAAAAUGCCAACCUCGUUUUCCAGUACAAAGAGACCAAUACCUUAAUCAAUACUAUACUUGAGGUUCAGCCAAGAUCAUCUUCUGGUGGAGGGGGAAAAAGCAAUGAUGAAAUUGUCCAAGAACUGGUUGCUUCUGUCCGGGCCAGAGUUCCAGAAACACUAGAGAUGGAGAGCGCAUCUGAGAGCCUUUUCAACAGAGAUCCUCAAGGACGCCUCAACUCCUUGACCACCGUUCUUGGACAAGAAGUGGACCGGUUUAACAGUCUGCUGAAGUUAACACAUACUUCUCUAGAAACACUCAACAAAGCCAUUGCUGGACUUGUGGUGAUGUCAGAAGAAAUGGAAAAGGUGUAUAACAGUUUCCUCAACAACCAGGUUCCCUCUCUGUGGUCCAACGCAGCCUACCCAUCCCUGAAGCCACUGGGAUCAUGGGUCAAAGACCUUAUCCUGAGGACGGCAUUUGUGGACUUGUGGCUCAGAAGAGGCCAGCCGAAGUCCUUCUGGAUCUCCGGUUUCUUCUUUCCACAAGGAUUUCUAACAGGAACUCUUCAAAAUCAUGCUCGGAAAUACAACUUGCCUAUAGAUGAGCUAAAUUUCAAGUACAACAUAAUUCCUACCUAUCGGGAUCAAGCCGCAGUCACAGAAGCUGCCAAGACAGUGCAGUUUGGACAAGAACUGCCCAUGGACGUAGAGUUGCCCUCUCCUGAGGAUGGCGUUCUUGUUCACGGAAUGUUCAUGGAUGCUUCUCGAUGGGACGAUAAGGAGAUGGUGAUGGAAGAUGCACUGCCUGGACAGAUGAAUCCAGCGCUGCCUGUGGUGCACUUUGAACCACAACAAAAUUAUGAGCCAAGCCCAGCACUUUACCACGCCCCACUGUAUAAAACAGGGGCCCGGGCAGGGACACUCUCAACCACAGGUCAUUCAACCAACUUUGUGGUGACCAUCCUGUUACCCUCCAAGCGGUCCAAAGAUUACUGGAUUGCCAAGGGGUCAGCUUUGCUCUGCCAGCUAAAUGAGUGAAAAGGUGCCACCUCUGUGCUGAGGAAGAACCAGGCCAGAGAUCUUUCCUGAUGGAGAAAAGAAGUCUGCAUAACUUUCAUGUGAGCAGAACAGUGUUACUUCUGAUCUGACUUAGAGGUAUAAAUGUGGCUUUUCUCUUAUA